ACUAACAUACCUUGCACUCAAUCGUAGCCGGUGUAAUGUGACAGCAACGCGUUGCGUUGGCCGCGGCCCCCAACCCCGCUUCCCACGUUAAACGUAGCAGACCAACAACAACAAAAAAUAAGAAAAAAAACAAAUGAAAAACAAGGGGAAAUGUUAAUCAUUUCACAAGUCCUUGAAGAAUCGCAAUAACAUUAUACCUUCGAUGGUGCCACAACGCAGUUGUUUCUUUGUUUUUCCAAGAAAAUGUCGACGUUCGCGUAAAAAGAAAAUUGCAAUCACCCCACCACAACUGAACAUAUCAGCCAUCCCAGGGGUCUCACUGUGAACGUGAACUGGGUGCCACACUACAGACCAUUGUGAGCCAGCAUCUAUAACUAACGGUAGCGGUAACGGUAACGGUAUCGAUAUCAGGAAUCAAGUGAACACUACGCCCAUGCGCACAGAUGAUUCAGAACCUUUCCUAACGGCAAACGGAUUGACUCUCCUCCACUCCAAUCAAAAUCGAAACGGAAAUCGUAAUCACCACAAAAAACUGUAAGAGAGAACUCCCUCAUCCCCCGCUAAUAGCGGGAGAAGUCAGGAAGCAACGAAACAAUACCAAAGCAGAAAGAAGGAGAGCGGAAGAGUAAGAAGAGUGCACCCCAAAGAACACAAACACUACGCAAAGGGAAAAUGUUACAGCUUCCCCGUCCAUCGCGGUCGACGCUGCACUGUGGUCUGGCCGCCCUGGUUACAGUCCUGCUAAUGACCUGGGUUCGACCCCUUGGAGUGCUCUUCCUUGGCCUUCUCAGCUACUGGCUGUACUGGACGCGCUGCAGCUUCCGCAUCGUACUUACGCCCGAGGUGCGCAGCAAGCUCGAGAGUUGGGGACGGAGGGCAGACGACUGGCGCAGGAACAGCCCGAGCAUGUUCUGCGCGGUGAGCACUGGCUGCCUUGCCACCUUGGCCGUGCUGGGCCACAUCAUAUCUGGUUCCACGGUGGUGCUGACGCUUCUAGUGCUGUCCGCACUGGUCUCCACCAAGUAUAACUUUAAGCUGCUGAAGAUAGAGCACAAGGUGCAAGAUUUCCAGUGGUCAGAAAAGCUCAACUACAAUAACCUGGAGGCGGAGGUGGAGGACGAGUUCCUGCCCGAUGUGAAUGAGUCGAAUCUGUUUGUUCUGGAACGGGCCAGCGAUGUGGCCACCAUCAGCUCACCCACCGAUGUCGAGGAGGAGGACGAGCGCAGUGACGACAUACCUUCGGAGCUGCUCAUACCAGAUGUGAUACCCGAGAUUGAUGAGCACUCCACGGACGAGGACGACGAGCUGGCCCCGCUCGCCCAGCAGAGGCGGGAGGGGGCUUCUGUCUCCUCUCUGGCAGCCAACCCCAAACGGGGCCAGUCGGAUGCCAGCUCCUCCUCAGACAUGGACUUCCGCAAGGGCCACUUCAAGCGCGACUCUUCGCUGUCCACCACCUCGUCGGAGGAGAGUCUCUCCAAGGGCCUGCAGUUCCCUGAUCACACCACCGUCGAUGCCGGCGGCGGACCCCAGCUGCGGCAACUCACCUCCGGGCCCGCACACCAGAUCUCUGACCCGGCCAGCGAGCUGGUGGCUUUGGCCGUUAAAAGCCAGGCCCAGGCGCUACUGGCGAGCAGUGGCAAGCUGCUGCCUAGCCUUGUCUCCGGCCUGGUGCAGUGGGGAGCAGGUGGCAACAAUGCUGUGGAGGCCGUGGAUGCUGGGUCUCAGCAACAGCAGCAGCGGCGCAUAGUCACCGCCUUGGACUCGUCCGACGAGAGUGAUUUUGAGAUACUCGAAACGGAUGACUUUAAGUAAUUAUCGGUUCCGGUCCUAGCUCCAGCUCCAGCUCCAGCACCGAUUUGCCGUAUUAUAAAGCUAUUACAGUAACUAAAUGCAUAUACUAUAACAUACACGAACAUAAACACUGACACACAAACAACCAGGAGACAGACAACGCAAGACGGAACGGACAGAAAUGCACACAGACACAGCCUCAGAAACAGACACACUCUGAUGGAAAAGAUAUAUCCCUGGUGGAAAUUGGCAUGCCAUAUUUCUUACUGCAGAUCUACAGAUCUGAUGGUCAUAUAUAUUUUGCUACUGCUAUAUACUAUACAGCCACAUGCAUGCAUGCAUAUGUACGUACGAGUAUAUUUGUAUAUGUAUGUACAAUUACAUUUUAGUGUUUCCAGUUUCCAGUGAUCGGAACAGAAAGAAUCUUGUUUCGAAUUUCGAUUCAAGCUUACUUUCGAUAGGUCCUUCAAAUGCGACCCCUAAGCGUAAUCGUUGCAACGUUUAAUAUUUUGUCUUUGCCUUUUUCGACGGCCAUUUACAAAUUUGUUUGUUUGUCCACUAAAUAAGAUGUGCUUUUACUUCUUACCCUAUUAUACAUUAUGUUUAGUUCGUACAUCUACUUGUGUUUCACUUUCCUGCCUCCCCCUGCCACCACCCCCUUCCCCGCCCGCUAACGACGCUAAACGCUAGAACAGAAACAGAGAUGGGACAGGAAAGACAGUAUGCCACAUGUAUGUACAUAUCCACCCCAUGCACACAGACACACACAUAUGUAUAUGUAUAUGUAUGAAUAUAUAUGUAUGUUUCUUAUAUGUAUAUCUGUAGAUGACAAUGUAAGGCCCUUAAGCUACUUAAUCUGUGUUCCGAUUCGAAAUGACAAAAAAAAACAACACAAAAAAAACCCAAUCUACAAUUACAUCAACAAAAUAACACACCAACAAAAUAUUAAUCAAAAGAAGAGCAAGAAAAAAAUGGUGCAGGUCCAGACACAGUGGCUAGGGACAGUCUAAGCCCACUUUCUACACCCGUGUCACAUUUAUUUUUGAGUUCAAGAUCCUCUGCUUUCUAUAGGCCCAUAUACAUGUACGUGCACAAACAUAUACCUAUGCAAUACACAGAAAAGAGAAUAAAACCAACGAAAAUAACGGCAAUUUAUAGAAUACUUCGGCACCCCGAAGCUUACAUAUAUACCCUUGCAGUCGGACGACCAGAACAAAUUAGUAAAUAUUGUAAUCUGGAUUUAAAUCCAUGUCGUUGCAGGUCUCUACUUUGUUAAUCGGUUUAGUAAUGCCUAUAAUAACUAAUAAUACUAACUGCAAUCUGUACAAUUCGAUGGAAACAUCUUCCGCAAUUUCAAAGUGGUGCUUGUUACUUUGCCAAUCACUCGAAAGGGUCGUCCGAUUUAAAUGAAAUUCGUCUUAGAUGUAUUAAACCAUAUUCAAUGUGCACAACCAAAGACAAUACAAAUAGUCAGUUGGGUAACGCCCAAACUUUA